ACUUUAAUCGAGAUUAUUGACUAUGUUUUGAUUCUAUGAGAGGGAAACCUCAUGAGGUUAAUAGAGCACCAUGGAUUGGAAGUGCAGGAUCUAUUUUGCGAGAGUGAGUUGAUUCAAAGCUUUGUAUCGAGUGAGAACCUCACCCAAUAGAAGGAUCUAGUGUAAAACAUCUUCGAUUGUGUUAGAGAAGGAUACGUCCCUCUAAGCAACCCACUCAAGAGGGCCUGAAUUGCUUUAAUCGAGAUUCAAGGCUUAGUCAAUGAUUGCAUUGUGAAUGAAGAAUGAAACAAGUUAGAGAAUAAUCAAUCAUUACUUUGACUAGUGGCUAGGGGGAAUCAAUAUUUGAGUGAGUUCUCAACCUGUAAUUAGAUUAACCUUAACUCUAGUUUGUUGGUGUAGUUGUAGCUAGUUUAUCUUAAUCUUAGUUUCUAAAUAAUAAACUGAAGCUGAGUAAUAGUAAAUCUUGAGGCCCGUGGAUUCAAUAUUCUAUUACUUAUGCCACUGUAUUGCGAUCAUGUCAUUGUUUCACUUAGCAUUGCCAAAAGUGUAGUUUCAACGAGUUAAGAAGAUACACAUGUAAAUAUGCUCAAUCCAUUUUUCGGGAAAAUCAAAUUUCCUCAUUGCUUGGAUGAGAAACUCCAAUAAACUCCAUAAUCAUAGUCUUUAGCUCUAUCCAAAUUUGUUGGUAUGAAUUCUUCCCCUAACUUCUAUUUUUCAUGGCAUCAUAGCAUUCAAAAGCCUAAUAACAUUACAUGUAAUAUGUUGCCCGAACACAAAGGGAUCUUUUCUUGACGGUGUCGGUCCGUCGAGAGCGAAACUCAUGGUCGCCAAAAUUAGCAGAACUCCGGGUGCUGAAAGUCGGCCUGAAAAUGGUGGAGGAGGUGAGGCUGGAUCCUACCGUUCUUGAGUCAGACCGCAAGAUUGUCAUUCUCAAACUCCAGAAGAUGGCAGAAUCAAGGCAAGAGACUAGUGUUCGAGUGAAGGAAAUUCAAGAAAUGGUGAACGGGAUCGGGUUGAUCAAAUGGAAUUUCGGGUGCCGAGAAGGAAAUGUGGCCACUCAUGCUAUGGCCCAAGUCAUUUGUGAUUGAGAGGUCCAGAAAAAAUGGGUCGGUAAACCACCCAUAUUUAUGUUAAAUUUGUUCGAUCACGAGCCUUUAGGAGUUUAACCCACUAAUAUUAUUUCAGGAAAUUUUAAAUUUCUAUGAUAAAAAAAAUAUCAUAAUGACUAGAUGCAAAAAAAACAGUCUGUUUAAAAGGUUUGUAAAAAAAAAAUAUUGGAACUUUAAAAAUAAAAAAUCUGUAGCUGCUGCCACAAAACCCAGUCAGCAGCGUUGCCAAAUUCUCCCAAGAGAGUCCAACCGAUUCACCACCUAGGAUUUUUCUUUUUGACAAUUCGCCACAUAGGAUUUGAAGAGAGCUUAGCUGGCAUGAUCUUAACCCGUCCAUCUCGUGCACCAUAAAUCCUACGGUUUAAAUGAAGCGACAGCCCGUGCCCAUUAUUCCUCCAGCUGAGUCAUAAAAACUAACCCACGCGCGGGACACUAGCUCUGAAUCUCCGCCGUCCACAUAAUCAUGCAGUAAUUAUCGCCGACCCACGAACUUCCACGUGUCCUCCUAUCCCCCUUUCCUGUCUCCUCCGUUUUCCCUGAGAAUGAGAAUUGCAGAAAUCGAAUCGGACAAUCCAAGGCAAACCAUUCCCUUCUGAACCUAAACCACCGUCCAAUCUUAAAUUCCAAUUUUCUCUCUCCAUGGCGACGGCUCGAAGUAUCGCUCCCCGCUUUGCCGCCGCGACAGCCGUCGAUCUGGAAUCGCUGGCCGACGGUCGGGGCGUUCCGAAUCGCCGGGUUCGCUUCGGGACAAGGCAGUGGAGGCUCGGCAGCGUUCUCCGCGGCGGCUUCACGGAUUCUCAGCAUACGAAGUACUACGCAUCGCCGGUGAGAUGCGGCGGUGGGAAGGGGAAGGAGAAGGUGAAGGAGAAAGAGAAGGACAACAAGAAGAAGUUGAAGCUGUUGAAGAGACUGUCUGAAGACCUGCAGAUGUACGCUUCCGGGAAAGAGGACGGAGGGAUGGCAAUCAUGGAAGCGCAGAAGGUUUUGCUGGCGGAGCUCGAGGGUUUGAGAUCGGCGGAGAUGGAGAGGAAGAGGAAGAGCGAUGAAGAGAAAGAGCUGGAGAGAGCUAUAAUGAAGCCGAAAGACUGCUGCGAAUCUGAAUCAUCCGACUCCAGCUCAUCGGAGUCGAGCGACAGUGAUUGUGAAGACGAGAAGGUAAUGAUGAUGAAAUCACAGCGCAAGAAGUCCAACUCUGCAAUUAUACAAGACAUUGGAACAAUUCAGCCUAUUGGAGUUCUCCAAGAAGAACGAGAAGAGCGUAAUGGUGAUGUUUUCGCGACCUUUGCUAACACUGUGGGAGCGUUGAGCAGGAAGAUUGAGGUUUGUGUGGGAGGCAAAUGCAAGAAACAGGGAGCUCUGGAACUGAUGGAUCAAUUUCAAAGGAAGGUGGGAGGGGAAGCUACCGUUGCAACCUGCAAGUGUCUGGGGAAAUGCAAGAACGCCCCUAACGUUAGGGUAUCGUCGAGUUGCAGUGCCGAUGGCUUCCAAGAGCUGGAUGGUAUUGCUGAGAAGCUUCUCUGCAUCGGCGUAGGAUUGGAAGAUGUGGACGCCAUUGUUGCCAAUCUUUUGGGCGAAGGAACCGGCUGUCCACCGGCCAUGGCAGGGUCUGUUUGAGCUUGGACUCUGGUUGCUCCUUCAGCUGUCUCUCAGUCGUUUGUAAUUUGUAUAUAUCAGUCACACUCUUGUGCUGAUUGCGUUUGUUUUAUCUUGUGCUGUAUACAUGUAUGAAC